UGGCUUAUCUUAUGGCUGAUGUAAUUCCCAAAAUCUCAAAAUUGCCUUCACGCUGUGGAUUUAUUAAUAUUGAUUCCGCAAUAAUUGAAAGAGAUAAAGCUGUAAUUAUUACUAAUUGGAUUGAAAAAAGAGAAACUUUUACUAGAAAACCUUUUUAUGAAUUUAGACUUACUUAUCGUGCAACACGCGACGGAUUUGAUUACAAUAAAUUUAUCGCGAAUAGUUGUAAUGUUCCAGUUCUUGGGUUAAUUAAGAUCACCGACUCAGAAAAAAUAAUUGGUGGAUAUAACCCUCUAGGUUUGAAAAAUACAAGCCAUAAUUCCUAUAAUUCUUACGGUUACAAUUAUAACGGGCAAUGGGAAACGACUAAUGAAAGUUUUAUCUUUUGUUUCGAAGAUUUGAAAGGUUCCAAUACUCAUAUACUUAGCCGUGUGAAAAAUCCUUCAACAGCAAUUUAUAAUUAUAGCGGAAAUUGGAUGAAUUUUGGAAACGCUGAUUUGAUAUUAAGGGGUCAGAAUGGAACCUGUUCACAAAGUCAAUAUGAGAAAAAUAUUUUAAAUGUCAACAACUUUGCUGUUAAAGAGUUGGAGAUUUUUUUUGUACAAAAAAAAUCAAGCUAA